AUGUCGUGGCUAAAGAAAUUUCUCCCCAUAGUUGAGGACCGUCCGCGCGGUCCUGGAAACGGCUUCGGUUUUCAGGUCUUGAGAAAUAUCAGCUCACAGUUGGAAGUAGAACCCUGGUUUGAUUUUGUCUGCGGAAUAAAUGGUCGACAAAUCGAGGAUGGAAAUCAUUUGCUAUUCACACAAGAGGUACGGAACUGUGCUGGUCGAGACGUCACCUUAAUAGUGUGGUCUGCCAAGGGACAACGGCUACGAGAUAUUAUGAUCGCCUUACCACCAGAUGCGACUGGUCUUGGACUUACACUACAAUGGUGUCCGCUUACUGUUACGGAGGAUGUUUGGCAUAUAUUGGACGUCGCACCUAAUUCACCUGCAGACCAUGCUGGUCUCCUCCCAUAUGGGGAUUAUAUUAUCGGAACCCCUGAGGGAAUCGUCCGUGGAGAAUCGGGGUUGGGGGAGCUGGUGGAAGAUCACAUUGACCGACCCCUUCGCCUCUACGUCUACAACCACGAAUAUGAUAUUACUCGUGAAUUAACAAUAACGCCUCGACGUAACUGGGGCGGGGAGGGUGCUCUAGGAUGUAUGCUGGGAUUUGGUGCUCUCCACAGACUUCCUGCUCCAUUAACUGAGCCCCCCCAGGCUCCAGGUGAAACCCUUUUCGAUUACACAGCUCCGGACCAGAGUGGUCUCAAUCAAUUCCCACCUACGGAGCCAGCUUUCAUCAUACCUGCCGCUUCUCAAUACUCCGCACCAUCUCAAAGCCCAUUCCAGGCGCCAUCCCCAUCUCCCCACUAUACAAACUUACAGCAGAUGUCUUCCACGCCACCACCCCCACCCCCGCCUGCAAAGGGGACUUCGCGGCAUAAAUAUCGUCAUGGACAUCCUAUGAAUAGCUCAGCUAUGGAUGCAUAUAUGAAGGAAGAGGAGCAAAAAAGCUUAGAGCACGACUUCCCUAGCAGGACAGGGAGCUCUCUACCACCACCACCCCGACGUACACAGGCGCCGCUAGUUAAUAAAUAUUCACCUGUCCCCAAUUCGGGCCAAGCUUACACCGGUGGUGGUGACGAUAUUGAUUAG